AAAACACAAGAAUCUUAACUACUAGUUAAACAACUUUGCUGCUGUUCUUUGUUUGGCAGGUGUCGUAAUCAGAGCGGUUCAUCGCAUCAUGUCUGGCCGCGGUAAGAAGCUGGUCGCUGCGCCGAAGAGCAAGUCCUCUGUGUCGCGUUCGACGCGCGCGGGGCUGCAGUUCCCCGUCGGUCGCGUCGCGCGUCUCCUGCGCAAGGGGAACUACGCGUCGCGCAUCGGCUCCGGGGCGGCGGUGUACCUGACGGCGGUCAUCGAGUAUCUGUGCGCGGAGGUGCUGGAGCUGGCGGGCAACGCGAGCCGCGAUAAUAAGAAGCUGCGCAUCGCGCCGCGGCACAUCCAGCUAGCGGUGCGCAACGACGAGGAGCUGAACGCGCUGCUGGGCGGCGUCACGAUCGCGGAGGGCGGCGUGCUUCCCAACAUUCAGGCGCAGCUUCUGCCCAAGAAGACCAAAGCCCCGCGGGACACCGCCAACUCCAGCAAAGACGUCCAGUCCCAGGACUUCUGAAGCGCGGACUCCGUUUUAAGCACUUGACUGUUGAUGGGUUUUAACUUUAAUAAAUCUGGUUUUCUUACGUCUGCCUGGUUUUGGUCUGAGCUUCAUCAGAAGUUCCACUCUGCUGGGAAGACAAUAGACGCAUCACAAUCUGUACUGGUUAUAAUGGGACUUGUAUUGGUUUUAAUGGACCUUGUGGGUCUCUACUGGUGACUGGUCAUCUUCUGUUGGUGGAUUGUUAAAAAAAAAAAAAAAACAUGAAUCCAAAUGGAAUGUCCCAAAA